UCACUGUCCUGCGAUUGGGUGUGCUAUGUGAUCAUGUGCCUUUCCCCUCCUGUCCUGAAGGUAGCGUUCGCCAGAAUCGAGGGGGAUAAGGUAGUGUGCGCCGCAUACUCUCAUGAGCUCCCCAGGUACGGCGUGAAAGUCGGGCUAACCAACUACGCAGCAGCUUAUUGUACAGGCCUCCUCCUCACUCGCCGGCUGCUGCAGAAAUUUGGCUUGGAUAAACUCUACCAAGGAGAAGUGGAGGUGUCCGGCGCAGAGUUCAAUGUCGAGAGUAUCUCGGGGAAGCCGGCUGUGUUCACCUGUUACCUGGACGCUGGCCUGGCCCGCACCACAACCGGCAACAAGGUGUUUGGAGCCAUGAAGGGAGCAGCUGAUGGUGGCCUGUCUAUCCCGCACAGCACCAAGAGGUUCCCUGGUUACGACUCUGAGAGCAAAGAUUUCACCGCUGAUGUACAUCGCCGGCACAUCUUUGGCCUGAAUGUCUCUGACUACAUGAGGCAGCUGAUGGAGGAAGACGAGGACACGUACAAGAAGCAGUUCUCCCAGUACAUCAAGCAUGGCAUUACCCCUGACAUGAUGGAGAACAUGUACAAAACGGCACACCGAGAGAUCCGAGCCAACCCCACGCGUGAGAAGAAACCCAGGAAGGAGAUGGGGAAACCGAAACGGUGAGUGGAAUGGGGUUUGAUACUCAGUGA